AUGGCAGCUCCCCUUGCAACAGAUGAAGAUCACAAGAAACAUGGAGAUGGUUGUGGUAGCCACUUCCUCGUGGUGGCCUACAGCAUGCAAGGCCACGUCAACCCUGCACGCACGCUCGCGCAUCGCCUGGCUCAGACCAGCGGCUGCACGGCCACCCUCUCGAUCCCGCUCUCCGGCCACCGCCGCAUGUUCCCCUCCUCCUCCGACGAGGAGGCCAUCAUCAGCGACGGGCUUAUCUCCUACCUCCCGUUCUCCGACGGCAUAGACGACGGGACCUGGCCCAGCGACUCGGAAGACAGGGCGCGGCGCCAUGAAGCCAACUUCAGAACCCUCUCCGCCGUCGUCAGCUGCCUCGCAGCCACAGCCAGUAGCGGCCGGCCGUCGGUGACCUGCGUGGUGUGCACCCUGAGCAUUCCGGUGGUCGGCGAGGUCGCCCGCGCGCACGGCCUCCCGCUGGCCAUCUACUGGAUCCAGCCAGCGACCGUUCUCGCCACGUACUACCACUACUUCCACGGCCACGACGAGCUCCUCCGCCUCCUCGCCGCCGCCGGCCAGCAUGAGACAAGCGGAAACCUGAGGUGCGACGAUGAGGUCACUCUUCCAGGCAUGCUACGCCCUCUUAGAACCCGCGACAUGCCGAGCUUCUUCUUCACCGGGAAGACGAAGGACGGCCUGUCCAAGAUGGUGCUCCAAUUAAUGGGCGAGCUGUUUCAGCAGAUCGACGAGGAGAAGCCGGUGGUUCUGGCGAACACGUUCGGCGCGCUGGAAGACGUUGCACUGCAAGCACUCCAGCCAUACAUGGACGUCUUCGCCGUCGGUCCGGCAGUUCCACUUCCAUUGAAGAACGAUGGAGCAAGCGAAUUAGCACAGAUCCAUCUCUUCCAGCACGACGAGACGGCGGCGUACAUGGAGUGGCUGGACGCGCAGCCGGAGAAGUCCGUCGUCUACCUCUCGUUCGGGAGCCUGCUGGGAUACACGAGACGGCAAGCCGAGGAGGUCCUCCACGGGCUGCAAGCCGGCGGGCGACCCUACCUGUGGGUGGUGCGCAGGGAGGGCCGCGCCGAGGAGGUGGACGACCUCUGCCUGACGGCGGCAGCGGCGGCGGGGAUGGUGGUGGAGUGGUGCGACCAGCAGCGGGUGCUGGCGCACCCGUCGGUGGGGUGCUUCGUGACGCACUGCGGGUGGAACUCGACGCUGGAGGCCGUGGUCUGCGGCGUGCCCAUGGUGGCAGUGCCGAGCUGGUCGGACCAGCCCGUGAACGCGUGGCUGGUUGAGGAGUGGGAGGUGGGUGUCAGGGCGGAGCGGGAUGGGGAAGGGACGCUGACGGGAGAAGAGCUCGCGAGUUGUGUGGAGCUGGUGAUGGGUGGCGGUGACAAGGCAGUGCAGGUGAGGGCGAACGCGAGUGGGCUCAAGGAGAGAGCAAGAGAGGCCGUGGCUGCAGCUGGCCCGUUGGAAAGAAGUCUUCGGAGCUUUGUUAAAAGCACGCAAGGUCUAGGCCGGUCUGGUCCUGGUGGCAACCAAGAUUAA